CGCAUCGCGACGCUUCUUCCGCUGCACGCGGCCCUGACAGAUCAACACCAAUGCCUUCCCAACUUACACUGACCAAGUCCGGCACCUAUGCAAGUGGCUCUGGAUGGCCACCUCCUGAUCCGCCCCCGGCACUCUGCACCAGCAACAAACAGAUGAGCUCCAGAUAAAGGUUUUAGGUCCCUCACCGAGGCUCCCGCAUCUCCAUCAUUUUGCACAGCCAUCUCCUUUCGGCAGAUCUGCCAGAUCUUCAACUGUUUCGUUUUGACAUGCAUAUGUUCUCGAUCUGGAUUAUCUCAUCAUUCUGAUUUCUCUUGCAUUCACAUCAUCACGCAUGACAUGGUUGAGAGCCGGCAACCAGAGGCCCUGGCGGUGACCUGUGUGUUCCCCAUUCUUGCCGCGUUGUUUGUCGGCGCGAGGACUCUUUCACGAUACCUUGGGCGAAACUUUGGGUGGGAUGAUUGGCUCAUUCACAUUUCCCUUCUGCUUCUGCUCGGUCAAACGAUAACGAUCUAUGAAUACAUCAUUUACAGCCGCACAGGCUAUCAUGUCAAAGAUUUACCCAAACAAAGCGUCGCGGACCAGGUCCGGGCCUCCAAAUGGUCCUAUGCGGUGCAGAUGUUCUAUCAUCCCCUGAUGGGUCUAAUACGCGCAUCUAUUAUAAUGUUUCUUUUCCGCGUAAAAGACCAGCGGUGGCACAUUCGGAUCGCCCUGCAUGUCGUCUUCUGGGUUAAUAUCGGAUACAUGGUGUCCACUACCAUCGUCAAUAUCUUCCAAUGCUCGCCCGUUCGCUACGCCUAUCUUCGGCCCCAAAUGGAUCAAGUCGAUGCCAACGGGAACGUCGUCAAGGGCGGCAAGUGCAUCAAUAGUCUUGCAUUUAUCAUGGCGAGUUGCGGACUUAGCAUCUUCAUGGACCUCAUCAUCAUCCCCAUCCCAACAGCAAUGGUGUGGGGUCUCCAGAUGCGCAGGAAGACUAAGAUCGCUGUAGUUGCUGUUAUGAGCAUGGGAUGGAUAGCCACUGCAGCCUCCGUCGUCCGUCUGGUGCUCUACUACUAUCGAUACCUCCCUUCAAAUAAAGAUCGUACAUGGGACCUCGGGCUCCUCACCUCGAUCGUCGAGCCCUCCGUUGGAAUUAUCGCCGCUUGCGCGCCUGCGUUGAAACGCCUCUUCAACAACUUGAUGCCACGAUACUUCACCGACUAUACAACAUCGUAUCCCACACGGACACCUACACAGGACAAGUCUCGACAGCGGAGAUCAUUUAACUUGCCAUACGACAUGGGAAAAGAAGCAGGAGAUGACGAAAUGGAUCAUGGGAGAGAAGAACAGCUUUAUGGCAUGAAAACCCUUGGCAGUAUCGAUUCACGAGAGCAUAUUGAUGCUGCGCAGGUCCCGACUAGGACCCGUAGUACUAGAACGGGCUAUAGCGAAGGCCGGAGCGACGCAUUGGAAGCUGUGCCCGAACAUGUCCUCAAUCAUGCGCAAUAACGGUCGUUCUCUAGAGAUACCCUCAGUGUCGCGCUGAAAACUUUUUUUUAAGGAAGAUGACGGUCCCCACACAAUGAAUAGCAAUAUACGAGUUUACGG